CACACACACACACACACACACACAUGAUCUGUGCGCUGCUGUGUGUGUUUGUGUGAUGAUGGAUGUUCUGGAGAUCUCCACACGAAACCCUCAGGAUGACUUUGAGAUUCUGCUGCGGGUCGGUGGAGGAACGUAUGGAGAAGUUUAUAAGGCUCGCAGUAAACAGAAUGGGGAAUUCGCAGCCAUUAAAAUCAUCAAAAUGGAGCCUGAGGAUGAUUUCUCUGUCAUUCAGCAAGAGAUCGUGAUGGUGAAGAGCUGCAAACACAGAAACAUCGUGGCCUAUCACGGCAGUUACAUCAGGAUGAAUAAACUGUGGAUCUGCAUGGAGUACUGCGGUGGAGGAUCUCUGCAGGACAUUUACCACGUGACCGGUCCUCUGUCAGAGCAGCAGAUCGCUUACGUCUGUCGAGAGAUGCUGCAGGGUCUUGAUUAUCUUCACGGACAGAAGAAGAUCCACAGAGACAUCAAGGGUGCAAAUAUUCUUCUGAAUGAUCAUGGAGAAGUCAAACUGGCCGACUUUGGCAUCUCGGCACAAAUCACAGCCACGUUUGCCCGUCGAAUGUCGUUCAUUGGGACGCCGUAUUGGAUGGCUCCAGAGGUGGCAGCGGUCGAGAUCAAGGGUGGAUAUAAUGAGCUGUGUGAUAUCUGGUCUGUGGGAAUCACAGCGAUUGAGCUCGCAGAACUACAGCCGCCUCUGUUCGAUGUUCAUCCUCUCAGAGUUUUGUUCCUGAUGUCCAAGAGCGGCUAUCAGCCUCCCAAACUCAAAGACAAAUCCAAAUGGUCCACCACGUUCUACAACUUUGUGAAGUCCAUGCUGGUCAGAAACCCGAAGAAGAGACCCAGCGCUAAAAAGAUGCUGACGCACUUGUUUGUGACGCUGCCGUCUUUGAGACAAGAGUUAACCCUUGAACUGCUGGACAAACUCAGACACCCUGAGAAUCUCAAAGACUUACACACAGAUGAUGAUGAUUUGGAGGUGAUUGUCCCACAUUCACUCAGAAGAAUUCACUCAAUCAACAGACACAACCGGGCCGAGAGAACGAACUCAGACAUCAGCUUGGAACAGAUUUACACACAGAGACCCGUCGCUGGCAAACGAGAGUCUCCAGAAGGAACGUUACGGUCGUCAGGAGGACAGUGGACGAGUCCUCCCAUCACUUCCAGAAGAAGGGAUGAGAGUGUGGACACGGAUGACGAUUACGACGAUGUGGAAAUACCAGCGAGUAACUCACUGCAGUUCAGCGAUGAAAUUCCUCCUCCUCUUCCUCCCAAAGUGAAUCCGUCUGCGUUCUCCAGCUUCCACACUGAUCCUCCAGCAGAGCUUCAGCCUCCUGAACUUCCGCCUAAGGACAGAAGACGCAGACAAGCUCCUCAGGAUCCGGUCGAGUGUGUCAGUCCAGUGAUCAAGAAACCGCCGAUUGUCUUCAGGAAGGUCUUUCACGGCUGUCCUCUGAAGCUGAACUGCUCGAGCUCAUGGGAGCAUCCCACCACUAAAGAUCAGCACCUGAUCUUCGGGGCGGAUGAGGGGAUCUUCACACUAAACCUCAACGGUUCUGAGACCACCAUGGAGCUGCUGUUCCCGGGCAAGUGUGUGUGGCUCUACACCAUCGGUGGCGUCUUAAUGUCCGUCUCAGGGAAGUCAUCGCAGCUGCACUCGCACUCGCUGAAGGAGCUGUACGAACAGACGCGCAGAGAGCAUCGCAUCGUUGCCCUGCCGACACACAGACUGUUGCCACGGUAACCGCCUCCUUUUGUCACAUUGUAUGCAUUUGAGUUAUGAAGCAGCGUAACACACACACACUUACUGCGGCAACAGCUUCACCGAGGUGUGUUCGAGUACGACCACACCUGCAAGAAAACUGAGAA